AAUUGAAAAACAAAUGGAAUUAAGUUACUCACAAAUGGUAUUCAUUAAUUUUUAUUUGAUGAUAAUUGAUGUGAAAGUAACUCACAUCAACAAAUAAAUAAUUAGUAUACACUACACCCUAGUGUAGGUACCAUAACCUACACCCCCUACAAAACGCAGCGUUUGCGUUUUUCCCCUACCCCCACAAACUACAGUAACUACCCCCACUCACUCCCACUAACCACAGUAAAUUAGAAAUAACUUCCCCUACCCCACAUAUAUAUUAUUAAAAAAAAAAAAAACUAUCCAUUUCAAAUUAUUCUCUCUCUAAAAACCAUCUUCUUCAUUUCUCUAGAAUUUCUCUCUCAUCAACACCGUCGAAUCGGAACGAAAUUCUCUUCAAAUUAUUGCAAAAUUGCUUCAAAACACUUCAUAAUUGCUUCAAAUGUCUGAUAUUCGAGAUGAAAUUAAACAAUCACAAAAAAAAGAUGCGAUUUUGCAAAAAACCACUACAGAGAAGAACAUGAAAGAAGAAACUGCAAAAUCGGAGCAAAAUGUAUCUAAAGAUAUGAUUUUGGAGAAGAAUACUUCAGAGACGAGUAAUUUGUUGAAAAUUUCUGAAGAAAUAGACGAUGAUGAUGAUGUACCUCUUCAGUCAAGAGUAGACAAAUUGAAAAAAAACCGCCAAAAUGAUCCAAUUGUAGAUCCGGAACUUUUAAAAGAUAUUGACAAGUCAAUUGGUACGGAUUUAACAAUGUCUCCACUACCAAGUGAACAAAGUGAGAACAUUCCUGCUACUAAUGCAACAACUAAGAGUGUGUCUGCUACACAUAACACAACUGACAAAGAGAGUAGGGAUGAAAGCAAGCAAGAAGAAGUUCAACCAAAAGUGCAAAGCAAUCCAGUAAAGAAUAGUCUUGGCCAAAAAAAGUACAAAGAAUCGACAAUCAGAAUUAUGAGAAAUCUCAAAAGAAUGGAAAAGGCAAGCAAGGAAAUCAGGAAAGGUGAAGCAAAAAAGAAAGAAAAAGGGCCAAUAGAAGAGAAAACUGUGGAAAAAGAAGGACAAGAAGGAAAAAAAGGGACUGAAAAAGAGAAAAGCCCUAAAGACAAAACUGUGGAAGAUGUCUUUCCAAAGACAACAAAUGUAGAAGAAGGACAAGAGGGAAAAAAAGAGCCUGAAAAGGAGAAAAUCCCUAAAGAGAAAACAGUGGAAGAUGAGUCUACAAAGACAACAGAUCCGAAAGCACAAAUUGCACCUGAUUUUGUUCAAAUUGAGGAUGAAACUUAUCUUCUAGAUCAAGAUGAUGAUAAAGUUUCCACAAAACUUAGUGAGGAGACAGCUCCAUCAUCACAAAAAAGUGAUCAGUCAACCAAAAUGAAAACAAGAUACAAAAUGGUUGCAAGGAAAAACAAAAACAAAAGCCUUGUUGUUGUGCCAAGUGGUAGAAUUACAAGGAGCCAAGAUGUUCUGUUAGAUGAAUCUGAAAAGGGAAGCCUGAAGAAGGAUGUUGAACCUGCUAAAGAAACCGCAAAAAUAGGACAGAAGAGAAGAAUGUCUACAAGGAAUUUUCCUAUUCAAAAGGAAGCUGAUGCACCACCUCCAGCACCUACUCCAAUAAAAAAAAUGGCAGGUGCUCCUGCUGAAUAUCCUCCAGACCAAGGCAAAAAGGGUGGGAAAAAGAAAACUCUAGAAGAAGUGAAGAAAACUUCUAAGGUUGCUGGCAAAAGAAAAGCAGAUGUCAGUCCUGCCAAGAGAAAUGCUGGAAAGAGAAAAAAAAUACAAGAAGUACCAUCAGAUGAACCCUCUCAAGAUCCUACUGAUGAAAGUUCUACUGACAGUGAUGAUGAUAGUGAAGAGUCAGUUUAUAGAGCAGAAGAAGAGCCUGUCAGUGAGGAUGAUUAUGAGGUGGAGGAAGAGGAGGAAGAGGAUGAAGUAAAGCCAAGGAAGAAACAGGCAAAGAAAGGGAAUUCAGUGAAGGCAAAGGUUGAAAAGGAGGAGCAAAAGAUGGUACUGUAUGAUGAAGGAAAGAUUGAAGGUAGGAGAAAAAAGAAAAUGAAAACUGAAAUGGUUCAAGCAAUAGAAACUGAUGAAGUUGAGGAAAUUCAGGAAGAUGAAUUUGAGGAAGAGAAAUCUUCAAAGAGAGGAGGACAUGUGAAGUUCAUUGCAUGGAUAAAAAAGAUGACACCUACCCAAAAACAACAAGUUGUUGAUAUAGGGUUAGGAUCACUUCUUGACAUUAGUUUACCUCAACUUGAUCAAAAGUUCUGUAACUGGUUAUUGGGAAGUUUUGAAGAAAAUAGCCAGUGUUUUGAACUACCAAAGAAUGAAAAAAUAGAAAUUGAGGUAGAGGAUGUUAGGGUAGUUUAUGGCUUGCCUACAGGAGAAAUUCCAAUUGUUGAGCCAAAGUCUGAUAAAAUUAGUGAGGAGUAUGCAGAAUUUCUGAAGAAAUGGAGAAAAUCAUGGUCAGGAAAAACUCCAUCAGUGAGUCAGAUUGUGAAUGGAUACAUAAAUGAUAAAUUCACCAACAACAUACCACCAAGUGAACAUUUCAUUACUAACUUUUUAGCAGUGGCUGUGAACUGCUUGAUGAAAUGUGUAUCAAACAAUCAAUGCCAUUUCAAAUUUCUUUAUUCUAUGAUGGACAAAGAAAACAUAAAAAAUUUGAACUGGUGUCAGUUUGUAUAUGACUCACUUAUCAAAUGUCAUGUUGAUUGGAGAAAGCAGCAAGGCAAGGGGUUCUACAAAGGCCCUCUUCAAUUUCUGAUGUUGUUCUAUUUUGAUAGAGUUCAGAGGUUAGACAAAAGGCCUCCAAGAAAAAUUCCUAUCAUAUCUGCAUGGAAUAGAGACAUGGUUCUUGAGAGGUUGAAGAUUGAAUUAGAAUUGGGAUUUGGGAGAGGGAAAAUUCUACCAAGGAUUGCUGCAGAAGUUGAAGAAAGUCCUAAGGUUUUUAUGGAUGAUUUUGUUUCCCUGGUAAAAACAACUUGUUCAAACCUGUCAAAGCUUUCUUCAAAAUUGGUGAAGGCAAAGGAUAUCUUCCCUGGAAAUGACUUGGUGAAAAAAGUUGAUGAAGUUUUAGGAAAGGUGGUAGCUAGGGAACCAUCAAUUCUAAGCCAAGAUGAAGAAUUCUUUGGCAGUGAGGAUUUCCUAAAUGCACUUGCACAAGCUGAGAAGAAUCUGAUGCAAGGGUCUGAAAAGCAAACAACUGAGAAGCAAAUGACUGGGAAGAAAUUAACCAAAAAGGGAAAGGAAAAAGAACAAGAAUAUGACAUCAGAAAAGCUUUCAGCUUGGGGUUGACUCCACCUUCUCCAGCCAUUGAAACAGGGCCCACCUUUUCAACACUUGGUGAUAUAAUUGAACAACCAAUAAUUUCAACAAAUGCUGAAGAAAAGGAUGUGGGUAAAACUUCAGCAGCUUCAGAACAAAGAAUUGAAGAAUUUUCUAGAACUGCAACUGGUUCAAAAUUUGAUGCUGACACUAGGUCAGAUAAUGAAGGAUUGCCUAGAACAGGAUCUGGUUCAGUGGUUGAUGCUGACCCUAGGUCAGAUGGUGGUGAAAAAAGUGAUGAUCCAAAAAACACAGUUGAAGGUGGAAAACAAAACAAGGAAGAUGGUGUUACAUAA